CCGGUUCGCCAUCUUGUGUUUCCAAGUGAACUAAAUGAGCGAAUCCAAAGGCGUCUGUAUUCAUCGCAGCACAUGUUUAUUCGUUUCUCUGACCUCUGACAAAUAUACUGGAUUGUGCAGCUUACUCUGAUGUUGUUUUAGCGCUGUUGUUUUCUGUAUAAUUGGACAGACUAGACACCCUCUGACAUCCUGGAACUUUAAUGCGAAGAAGGGGAGGUCCUCCCCCAUGGGGAUCACGCAACAGGUUGCAUCCUCCCUCACCACCACCACCACCUGAGUAUCAUGACAGGUUUGAUCACCCACCACCUCCUCCCUCAGGAAGGGCACCACCUAGAUUUUGGGAUGAUCCACAUUUAUCAAGACCUCCUCCUUGGAUAAGAGACAAGUUUGAUGGUCCACCCAGACAUCCACCAUGGGCAGAUGAUUACUCUCCUCCACAACACUGCCCGCCACCUGGCUGGUCAGCUCCUCAGGGCCCACGUCCUCCUUCAUUUAUUGAUGAUGGUCCAUCCAGAACCCCCCCAUGGAAAAGUGACUCGCCCCCACAUCAUCCACCCCUUCCUCUAUUCAAUGAUGAUGAUCCUCAAAGAACCCCACCAUGGAAAAGUGACUCUCCACCUCAUCCUGCUCCACGAUCUUCAUUUGCUGAUGAUGACUUUGAUAUUCCUCCUCCUUAUCUUCCAAAUAGACCACCUAGAGGAAGAAGGAGAGCUGGACGUGGUUGCAUUCCUGGUAGAGGAUCACUCAGUGGAAGGGGUGAGGCUCCUAAAAGAAGAGCUAUGAUUACAAGAGGUACAAAUCAAGCAAAGGGUGCCAUGAUGAGGGGUGUAAAUAAUAGAAGAGAGUGUUCUCCAGCCCCAAGGGGUAGGGGUGCAGCCAUUACAACUAGGGGAGCUCAAAGUGCAGCAAGGGGUAUGCCUAUCACACGAGGACAGACUAGGGGCAGAACCAAUGGAUCUAGAGGAGCAGCAAGGGGUACUCUUGUAUAUAGAGGAGGAAUAUGUGUCUCCAAUAUUAAUGGUAAUGCAAACAGUAAAGAGGAUAUAUCAGGACUGUCAGAUGAUACUAGCAAAGGAUUGGCCAAAUGGCUGAAUGCUAUCAGGAAUGGGAAGUUAGAUACAGAAUGCCAAACCUCAACAGAGGCUCCUGGAAACAACAUUAAUGCAGCAUUGCCACAGAAACAAGAUUUUCAAUCAACAAAUACAGAUGCAAAGACUGGAAAAGGGAAUAAUGUGAAUAACUAUGGUGCAAAGGACAAGCAAAAGACACAGCCUAGUGUUGUCAAAGUACCUGGGAAUCCUGACUUCAUUUCAUUCAAGAACAGUUUACAAGAAUGUUGCCAGAAGCAGCAGUUACCAGUCCCUUCCUACACAACUUGGAAAAAUAGCUUUGGUUACUCAGGAAAAGUUGAGGUUGCAAACAGUACUUUCAAAAGUACUGGUGUUCAAGGAGAGCGUAAGGAGGCCGAGCAAGGGGCUGCAUAUUCUGCUUUAAUGGCUCUGGGCCUAAUUGAUGCCUCUGUCAAGUUUGAUGUUAAAACUGCUGCAGAACAGAAUGCUGCACAAGUUGUUUUACACUUUCUGAACCAGUGUCCUCCUCCGGCACCCAGUUAUCAGGAUUAUAUGGAACAAUGCAAGAAGCUCACCUCAGGACAGGAUCAACCGUCAGAAUCCAUUGCUACAGAGGCAUCUACCACUGCAGUUACUACUACAAUAAACGCAGCAGUAGUGCAACCGAUCUCCACAUCCACAGCGCCCAACCCUUUCGUACCUACAGACCAGAACAAUUCCGACCCUACAGCCUCAGAGACUCUUAAUGCAGACGUAGCCAAACCAACCAUUACUUUCACGUCGCACAAAAACAAACUGCAAGAAUACUGCCAGAAGUCCAAGAUAGAACUACCUGUUUACUCCUGUCAAAGGGAAAAUGGCGUCUUUACUUGUACGGUUCAUGUCGCUGGACGAUCGUUUUCCAGUAACGGCUGUAACACUAAGAAAGGCUCAGAGCAGACUGCGGCCAACAUAGCGCUGAAAGCUUUGGGACUUAUUUAACACGGUUUGUACGCAGUUUUGACACAUUUCUAUUGCGGGCGUAGUCGAGGUUUGGGCACAGGAAUGCACAAGGUAUGAAAAAUAAUUUAAGACCAUGAUGGAAAUUUAUUUUAUAUCCAUUACCUUGGUGUCAAUGGGACGCAAGAGACGUUGGUCAGGUUUUUACCUCCAUGGAGUGUUCGGCUAAGAAAAGUCUAUGAAAUGACAAGCGCUUUGUUCGGGCGACAUGUUGGACAGAGCGGGUGCCCCCUGCAGGAGUCUUCCAAGGACUUUCGGCACAGCACCCGGAGCGAUGUCGGGUUCGCUCGGGUUUACGGUCGGUAACCAACAUGGUGCCCGAACGAGAUGUUAUCAUCGCAUUAAGUAUUAGUUUGUCGUUAUUUGCAACGUCGAACCUUAACUAAUGACUCAGUUUCUUGUAGAAUUUUAUUUGAUUAGACAGAAGCACUCGUGAUUGAACGUUUGCGAGACUAUGAUCGGACUCAUUAGCAUUUUAAUGAGAAACUCUCAUUAAACGAACUGGAUUAAAAACUAGGCUGCCACAGUUACAUCUGUCGUGUUGUACUAUGUGACGGAAUACAUAAGGAGAAACUGAUAUACAACAUUAUUUUACUGGUUAUAGUUUUUUUUUAUUCACUUUGUCUUUGAAAUUAUAACACCUGGAACGGUCAACUGUAAGGUACCAGAAAGAUUCUUCUUGUCCUACAACAUGUUGUUUUAGCCGUCGCGCUAAAAAAUUUAAGGGUUUUACAACAUCGUCGACAGAUAUCUUGACUUGCCUAAAAUAUUCUCUUAUCGUUCGUUUCGUGAAACUAAUGUCAGAAUCGGGUGUUUAAAGGCUUUUAAAUUGUCUCAAAGUUAAAUGUAUGAAAAGGAAAAUCAAAUGAAGUAGUUUUCUAGAGGAAUCGGCGAAGCUAGACCUCCUUUUUGGUCGAGAGUUGUAACCAUACUAGUUGUUGUAAAUAAAUGCGUUAAGUGUUUGAAAGUGUA